AAUGACAUGGUUUGUUUUCCAGAGCCCACCCAGAUUUAUCGAUUUCUGAGGACAAGGAAUCUUAUUGCUCCAAUAUUUUUGCAUCGGACGCUCACUUAUAUGUCUCACCGCAACUCGCGAUCAAAUGCCAGAAGGAAACCCUUUAAGAUUGAUGAUAUGCUGCUGAAGGUGGAGAAAAUGAAAGGAGACCAUGAGAUCGACAGCCUUUCUGCUCACCUGCAGCUGACAUUCACUGGCUUCUUCCAUAAAAGUGACAAACCCGCUCAGAACUCUGAGAAUGAACAAAGCUCGGUCACACUGGAGGUUCUCCUGGUCAAAGUCUGUCACAAAAAGCGCAAGGACGUGAGCUGCCCUAUAAGACAAGUCCCCACCGGGAAGAAGCAGGUGCCUUUAAAUCCUGAUCUCAGUUCUUCAAAGCCUGUCGGCUUCCCCUCACUGGCCGUGUCCAGCAACGAGUUUGAACCCAGCAACAGCCACAUGGUGAAAUCCUAUUCACUGCUCUUCCGAGUCACCCGGCAGUGUCACCGCGACUACAACGGCUUGUCCAACGGAGAGACCAAUGAGAACAUCGAUGUCACAGAAGACCCUCCGACCAGACGCAAACGCAAUGCCUCCCACCGGGAUGAGGAGAAGACAUUUGUGGCCCAGAUGACGGUGUUUGACAAGAACAGGCGUCUCCAGCUACUGGACGGUGAAUAUGAAGUCGCCAUGCAAGAGAUGGAAGAGUGUCCCGUCAGUAAGAAGAGGGCUACAUGGGAGACCAUCUUGGAUGGCAAGCGGUUGCCUCCCUUUGAGACCUUUUCUCAAGGCCCAACCUUACACUUCACUUUACGAUGGACAAGUGACACACCAGAUAAAUCCACCGCGCCAAUUGCCAAACCUCUAGCAACACGCAACUCUGAAAGUGUCCUCCAGGAACACAGGCCAACAGCGGUCAAACCUGCACAGACUAUAGCAGUGAAGGAGUCUGUGUCCUCCGAUCUUCCAUCGAAGAGAGAGAAGGAUGUUUCCACUGAUCCUCGGCAGAAGCUGCGCAUAUUUUACCAGUUUUUAUACAAUAACAACACUCGCCAGCAGACGGAGGCCAGAGAUGACCUCCAUUGUCCAUGGUGCACGCUGAAUUGCCGCAAACUUUAUAGUUUACUGAAACACCUCAAGCUGUGUCACAGCCGCUUCAUCUUCAAUUAUGUGUAUCAUCCCAAAGGUGCAAGAAUUGAUGUCUCCAUCAACGAGUGCUACGAUGGAUCCUAUGCUGGGAACCCCCAGGACAUUCAUCGCCAGCCGGGAUUUGCUUUUAGUCGGAAUGGGCCUGUGAAGAGGACCCCCAUCACCCACAUCCUGGUGUGCAGGCCAAAGCGCACAAAAGCCAGCAUGUCGGAGUUCUACGAGUCUGAGGACGGAGAGGUGGAACAGCAGAGGACGUACAGCAGUGGCCAUAACAGACUGUACUUCCACAGUGACACGUGCCUUCCUCUCCGACCCCAGGAGAUGGAGGUGGACAGCGAGGAUGAGAAGGACCCCGAAUGGCUGAGGGAGAAAACCAUUACACAAAUUGAGGAGUUUUCUGAUGUCAAUGAAGGGGAGAAGGAAGUGAUGAAGAUGUGGAACCUGCAUGUCAUGAAGCACGGGUUCAUUGCUGACAAUCAAAUGAAUCAUGCCUGUAUGUUGUUUGUGGAGAACUAUGGAGAGAGAAUCAUUGAGAAGAGCCUGUGCCGUAACUUUAUGCUCCACAUGAUCAGUAUGCACGACUUCAACCUGAUCAACGUAUCAACCAUAGACAAAGCCGUGUCCAAACUGCGCGACAUGCAGUACAAGCUGGAGGGAGGAGAGUCUCCACCCUCCGCCAUAGAGGAGUGCGCCGAAGAGCUGCACCCAGCCACCAACGGCUUCAUCGAGACCAACGGCAGAGAGAGCGCUUUAGACAAUGAGAGCGCAUCGGGGGUCCCUAAACAGAGCAAAAAGCAACGUCUGUAGGGGGCCAGACUCCAGGCGUGAACUGAACUGUGGCUGAAUGGAGCUUCCACCCGAGGAGCCCGGGCUAGAGUCAGAUCCUUGUGCAAGGGCCCCCUGCACAGCAAUACCCAAACUCCAGACGUGUCCUCUUCCCCACC